UAGAUAUUUAUCACACAAUUCAUCUUAUAGUUCAGUAUCUAUUUUAUGUAAGCUACAGAUGCUACUUUAGCAAACGUAUUUAAAUUUAAUAUAUUUUAUAGUGACGCGAUGAAAAAUAACCAUCACAUUUUUUGUGUAGUGCUUAGUAUUUUUACGUGUUGUUACGCAAAAAUAUCGAUCAAUAUCACAGUAAAAUCUUUUAAAGAUAUUGACAUAAAACCAUUAGGUGAUGAUAAUAAAGUUAUUACUCAAAAUGAGGUUGAUUUAUUUGGCAUAAGUGACGACAAAUUAAAGCGGGGAGUGCGUAUACAGCUCGGUAGAACACCUGAGGAAAUAUUUUUGAAAAACCCCACGCCUUACGGUGAUCUAUACACUAAAUUUAAAUGGCAGGAGGUGAAAAGAAAUUUAAGAGUAAAAUCUGCAAAAGUUACAGAAUUUUCAAAAGAGAAUACCAUUUUAAAAACAAAUGUUUUUAUAAACAACGCAAGUGAAGCAAUAAAGGCUAAUGCAAAAUUAUAUAAAAAAAUUGAAAAUACAGUUUAUUCUUUGUGGUCUGCAGAAGGUUUGCCUGUGGAUGAUAUUUUAUAUAAUUUAAAUAUUACCUUUGAUAAUGGAAUUUUGAAAUAUGAAAACAAAUGGAGGAACAAUACAUUCAGGAAUCUAUAUUCUUCAUUAGGAGUAUCUAGAAGAGGCGAAGUCACUAUUGCUCCAGGAAAAGAAAUCGUAAUGGAAUUAACAGCUUUUAAAAUUGUUGCAGUACUUGAAAUAACCUAUGAAGCUCGUUUAAUUGGACAAUUGAUAGCGAAUUACGCAAGAGUGUAUGGAAAAUAUCAUUAUUGGGCUCCAUCUAUUAAUAGUAUAAUGGAAAGAGUAAAUUUGAAAAAUAAAAUACAUACUAGAGAAGUUAUCGAAAUAAGAUCUUAUAUAAAUCCAGUUCUAAAUGUAUUUGACAAAAUCACUGGUGAAUCCGUGCCGGUUACGCAAAAUCUAAUCAAAGCUUCUGUAAAAAAAGAGAAGAAAAAAUGCAGGAGAACUUGAAAUAAUGUAUGCCAUCGUAUAAUAAAAGUUUAAAUAUAAUAAUUCUAAACAUAUUUCGCUAUAUAUGUGAAUGUCUUUUUAAAACUCUAUUUUAUUUAAUAUGUACUACUUAUGUACUUUUACAAUAUCAUUCUGUACCCAGUAAAUAUAU